AUGACAGAUGCAAUGUUGCUCAAUGAACUAUGCAGUAUAUGCCAUAGCAACAAGUCCAAAUACAAAUGUCCUGGGUGUGGCGCACGCACAUGCUCGCUCCCAUGCUACAAGCGUCAUCAACAGAAUGCGCAAUGCUCAGGCCAGCGAGACCCAACAAAGUUUGUCAAAAAGUCUGAUCUGGUAACCCCAAAGGGUAUUGAUCACGACUACAAUUUCCUUUCCGGUAUAGAACGAAAUCUCCAAAAAGCUGAGAGGGUUGCUGGCGCCACAGCUGGAAGCGCUCCUCCAGAUGGUCUAUCGAGCCGCCAGCGAGCGGGCGUCUCGUAUGGUAAGCUCGAGAGCGCUGCUAGCGUCAGGAUCAUCCAAGCACCCAAAGGCAUGAGUAGGCAAAAGGAGAAUAAGUCGCACAUGUCUGCUACAAAAAAGGCUUCGCGGAACAUAGUAUGGACCGUCGAAUGGUUUGAUGAAACCAAGAAACGUGUGAUUACUGAGACAUCCUCUACACAGCAGAUAAAAGACGCACAACCCUUCGUACAACAUGGCACAGACGGUACAGGUAAGAAAAGAAAGCUGAACAGCGAAGCCCCUCAUAGGGGAAGUUCUCCAGCGACAUCUACGCCACAACCGCAGGAUGACGUUGCGCCCACUUCGAUGGAUCAGGGCCUGUCGGAUCGGCGACUCCAGGUCGAUUGUGAGCUCGAGGUCAACAAUGCGGAGCCAGAGCCAAGCUCCCCCGCACGAGGAACCCCUACUACAGAGCAAAAGGAACGAGCCCCUAAAAGACAAGUGGACGUGGCAGAGCCGCGUACUCGAGACAGUCGCGAUGAUGGGCCAAGCACCCAAUCCAUGGGCGAUAGGCAACAUAGGAUUUUUCUGCUAAAGCCACACACGAGCACAAAUCGCCACGUCCUCAUACCUCUAGAUUCUUCUCACACACUGGGUGAAAGCUUACACGGCCGUACUAUCCUCGAAUUUCCGACCAUUCAUGUGUUCCCUGCUGAGAUGGAGAAGUUGCCUGAAGAGUUCAUGUUAGAAGAAGAAUAUGCCAUGUUAGAGGGGGAGCAACAGAAGGAGUUCGACGAGAUGAUGAAGGAUCUUGAUCCCGAGAUCUUGCGACGACUGAAAGAGGGUGGUGGAACUGCGCGAAUGGAGGAUGGAGCAGGUGACGAGGAUGUCGAUAGUAAGAAGAUACUAGACGUCCUCAAGCAGGAUCUCGGCGGAAGGUUGUGA